AGAGCCCUCAUCUUCCUCAGGGAGGAGGGCUGAUCUAGAGAGUGAAAACAGCUUGCUACUUGGAGAGCCAUCCACAAAAGAACAAAGCUCUAAGGACAGUUCCCUACGCUGUGCCCCACAGGAGAGAUUACAGAGCCAAGAUGUUGGCCUCGGGAAGCACUACUAUAGCCUGCAAAGAGACGCUGUCUUUUGCUGCUUCGGGAUCCCAGCAAGAAAUGGGAGUCUGAUGGAUUGUAAAUGCACCUGCUUUGUUUAAAACCCAGCCAAACAGAUAAGUGCCCUUUUAAUUAUCUCACAACAGCAUUUUAGACAUAGCUGCGCACAUUUCUGUUUAGUUUGGUUUCAACUCGGUGAGUCCCGUGUGUUUCAUCAUUGCAAACGAACGCUCUGCAGUUCUCCUUUCAGCUGAGAAGUAACCAGACAAUAUUGGUAUUUCAUGUGAGCUAAUUAAUUGGUGUCUGAGGAAACUGCAGCUGAGGGCUGAGGGAGCUCCCGGGGGUCUUUCCCUGCCUCUCCAGAGCCGCCGUCUGCAGCAGCCCUGGGAGGUUUGGGGACUCUGAGGAGCAGCUCUGCGGGACCAGACGAGGCUGAUGUGACCCAUCUGAGCCUUAAGGAGUCCCCCGGGACUCAUUAGAGGUUUAAUAACUAAACUUGGCGGGUUCGAUUGAGAAGAUUCUUGUGCAGGCUUGGCGCGAUCUCAGAGAAACCAGCUAACGCUGCUGGCAGGAGAGAGAGGGCUUUCUGCAUGUGCUAAUCAUAUGUGUGCGGAGAAAGUGAUAAACUCGGCUUCCUCCUGCCGGUUUCCAGGUGGGGAAAUAGCUGGGGAUGGGGCAGAGAAGCUCGUUGUAUGUCCUGUAUAAACUCAGUGUAACUAAGCGGUAUCGUGGGUGAGUGGUAACAAGAAUUGUCCCCUCAAAGUUAUGGAGACUGUUUAUGUCAAUGGAUGGAAAAUACAAACUGUCAAGAAAAUAAUUUCUGACUGCUUAGAUCUGCUUCUAUAGACGACUGCUAUGGGACACACCACUGUAAUUAUUUAAGAAAUCCAUAAAAUUAAAAAACAACUUAAGAAAUCCAUGAAAUAUGGUCUCAUGUACAGCGUAACUUUGCAAUAGUAUACAGCCAUGGGGCUGGGGCAAAUAUUCACUAUAGCUGCCGUCUACUGUGCUAGAAUAAUGAAAAAAAACACUAAAGCUGAGCAUGUGAGGGUUGGAGAAGACGUGUGGCUGGAGGAGGAGAACAGAAGCCAAAUUAUAUACUCCAGACCUGUCUUGUCUACUCUGUCAGGCUUAGCUAGCAGUGUAAAAAGUCUACCUUGCACUUAGCAAAGCUGCAAACAGGUUUGCUACAGCAAAUUAGACUGUAGGAACUGAUGUGAAUUCAUCUUACCUGACUCAGCAGAAGGUGAAUUUCUUGGUGAAGGUGCCAGCCUAGGACUGAGAGAGGCUGGAGAGACACGAGGAUGAAGCAGGAGGUUACUGCGGUACAAGAGACCUGGAUCGAGAUCAACUCGUGAUCCCUGGAGUGUCUGAAGUUCCCUCUUUUCUAGGAAAAACUUCACUCCUGCUUCUAUUACUGAGAAAGAUUUUAUAUUAAUAGAAGGAAUGGCAUGUCUGAUAUUAAUGACUGUGCUCUGUCUUAUAAUUGUAAACAGUACUUAUUCCUGACUCUUCAAUACUCCGAUAGCAAAAAGGCUGGACAGUAUGUUAAGAAACAGUGAUAAAAUGGAGAUCUAGUGAGAAAAUCAGGGUUUGUUCAUUCAGCAAGGAUGGAUAGGACUGUGUACUCCAACUAACGGACCUCUUCACUCCUCAAAAAAAAAAAAAUAUUUUUUUUUCAGCCUCAGAGAUCCUUAAGGUCUCUGAUUAUCAGGUUUGCAACUUUCUGCCAGUGUGCUGAUAUCGAUGUUCCCCCAACUGAGGUCCCAUUAAAUUAAACCUAAACUGGCUAGUUCCAGUCUGGGCAUCAAAGUUGAAUCUGGAAAUCAUAUCCUGAAGUGUGUCAUGCAACUUGCAAUGCUCCGUGCCCCUUGGCAGAAGAGGCAGAAGACCCUUACAGCCCCACUCAGGAGCUGUACUGCUGUGAGAGAUGACAUCCGAGUGUGCUCCGUGCACCUGUGGUGCGGCUGGUGCACCCAGCAGCUGAGGAGAACAAAUCCAACAGAUCUUUGACAGCUUUCUGCGAAAAAUCCUGUCCAGAAAAGCAGAGCCCUGAAUCCCUAACUCUUUCCUCGUCUUACAGGUGAGCCUUGAGGACACUUGGGAGGCUGCAGCUCCUGAACGCAUGACCGUCCCCUGGGAUUAGAAGAAAAGCCAUGGGGAAAGACAAGAAAGAAGAGGAGGCUGUCUUUCUGAGGAAAAAGAUAACUUUGCUGCGGGCUUUCUCGCUCCUCAUUGGCAGCAUGGUUGGCAGCGGCAUCUUUAUCUCCCCAAAAGGAGUGCUGAAAAACUCUGGCAGCGUGGGUUUCUCCCUGGUUGUCUGGUUUGCCUGUGGACUCCUCUCAAUGUUUGGUGCCUUGUGUUAUGCAGAGCUUGGAACAAGAAUCACCAAGUCUGGAGGACAUUAUAUCUACAUUUUGGAGACACUGGGGCCUCUGCCAAGUUUCUUAUUCCUGUGGGCAGAGUUUUUUGCUAUCAGGCCUGCCAACAGUGCUGUGGUUUCUUUGGCAUUUGGACGCUAUAUGCUGGAGCCGUUUUUUGCCCCCUGUGCAGCCCCUGUCCCUGCUGUGAAGCUCGUGUCUCUCCUGGGGUACUACAUGGUCCUCACCCUCAAUUCCUGGAGCGUCACCUGGAGUGCCCGGCUGCAGACGGCUCUUUCCAUUGUCAAACUCCUGGCUCUCGCGCUCAUCAUCGUGCCAGGGAUGAUGCUGCUGGCGCAGGGCCACACUGAAAACUUCCAGGAUGCUUUUGACAGACAGUCACUGGUUUUGGAUAAGCUGCCCCUGGCUUUUUACGCAGGCAUGUUUGCAUAUUCAGGCUGGUUUCAGACGAGCUUCGUGCGUGAGGAGUUGGUCAGACCUGAACGAAAUAUCCCCCUGGCUGUCAUCGUGUCUGUGAUCACAGUAAUCGUGGGGUACAUGCUCACCAACGUCUCCUAUUACACGGUCCUGGGAAUGCAAGACGUUCUGGCUUCUCCUGCAGUGGCUGUGAGCUUUGUGCAACGAGCCUUCAAAAGCCUGAUCUCUGUGGUCCCUGUCCUCGUUGCACUGUCCUGCUUUGGAACCAUGAAUGGAGGGAUCUUCACGUUUUCAAGGACUCUGUUUGUGGCUUCCAGGGAAGGACAGUGGCCGCCUCUCUUCUCCAUGAUCCACAUUCGAAGACAUACACCCCUUCCUGCUGUCAUGUUAAUGUUCCCUUUGGUUACUGCCAUGGUGUGUAUCGGAGAUAUCUACCAUCUAAUGAACUUCUUCAGCUUUUCCCGAUGGCUCUUCAUAGGAUUAGCCACCCUCGGGCUCAUUGUCCAUCGCCACCGCCACCCAGAGCUGCACAGCCCCUUCCAGGUUCCUCUGUUCGUUCCUGUCUCUUUUACCGUCAUCUGCCUCUUCACAGUGGCAAUGUCUUUCUACUCAGACCCCGUGAACAUUAGCAUCGGGUGCACCAUGGUUUUAAGCGGUUUUCCAGUCUACUACCUCAUAAUCCACAGGCAAAUGUCAAGACAUUGCAGUAGCCCAUUUUAUUAUCUUACACGCAAACUACAGUUACUGCUGGAAGUAGUCCAACAAGAAAUCAAGACUUACUGAGAAAAAAACAUCAGAACUCACAGAACUCAUAGGAGAAGAUAAAAUCUACUUACUUCGUUUAUGAUACCUUUGACCCUACCAAAAGCAGGCCAUGGUCUUAAUCUUUUAAUCAUUACAAAUGAGGAUAAGCCCGAGCAAAAACCUUGCUGCAAGUGUUCCUGAGCUUGCCAAUUGGGAUGAGCGUGUCACAUCUGUUUCUGCCCUUUUCUUUUUCAGCAGAACAAUCUAGUUCUCUGAAAUGAGCUUGCUUUGCCUGCAGAAUGUCUUUGAAACUAAGAUCCUAAUUUGUAGCUUAGCCCAGUCCUCAGUAAAAUAGUGCGUGUGAAUAUAUAUAUAUAUAUAUUAUUUUUAGUUUUAUUUUUAUUUUUUAAUUUCCUAAAUUGGCAAAUAGAGGAAGGGAGCAUGUUGCAGAGCUUAGAGCCCAAUAGAGGGAAGCCAGAUGCAGUUUUCAGUUUGAAGCGUUGUAGUAGCCAUGCUGUGGACAAGCAUUAUGAUGGGAAAUGGGUGGGGACGAGCAAAUUAAAAAUAAGGUAGGUGAAUGAGAAAGUAGGAGUCAGAGGGAUAAAACUUCAUUCACCAGAAAGUGCCGAUUCAGACUAAUGAGAAGCUAUUUGAAAACCCUUUGAAAUUCAAAUAUUAACAAAUAUGAAGGUCAGAAUGUUUUGCUUUGACUAUUGUAUAAGCAGAAUAAGUUUAUUUUGCUUUGAAAUAGUAUUUCAAUUUUGAAUUUUAUUUUUCCGAAAUUAUAUUUCAAAAUGUAUGAACACAUUAAAAAAAAUCAGUUAAAUAUCAACAAGAGCAUGACAAAAUAGAUCCUGAUCCCUCCCCCAACUCCCCAGCCCCGCUCCUCACCUGGCACUACCAGUGAAAUUGAAAAUUCAGAUUUUGGCCCAACUCCAGUGAAAUACAAUUUCUCCUUUAGUUAGACAAGCUCGCUGAUGAGACUCGAGCAGAUUCCUGAAUAAGCGCAUCUUUUGGUACUGUGAGAAGACAUGAAAGACUUCAUGUCAGAGCUUUAGCUUUAAAUCUGCCGUCAGAUGACUUGCUGAAUCGAUACGUAAAUGCUCACUUGAGCUAUUGACAUAAGAAAGGUUUCUGGUUUUGGAUUACCUUGGUUGACAUUAUUAAUGUGGCAACGCUAUGUCCAUAUAAAAUAUCAGUUAGCUGUUUCCAAUCACUUCAUUGUUAAUCUUUUCCUAAAAGAUGGGAAGUAGCAUGCUGAGACUCCUCUAAUGACCGCUGGAGAGAGGAAUAGCAGAACGUGGAGCAUUUUAAAUCUUUUCUAUCAAGCAUUUAUGUACUUAGAGUAAAACCAAAGUAUCAUUUACAAACCCGAUGUAAUCUACCAAAACUUGUAAAAUUCGCCAUCAAGAUUUGGAAAUAAAUAAGUUGGGGUUUUUUUUUCCAAA